AUGCAGCACCGCGUUGCGCGGAUGCUGCCUCUGCCACUGGUGCGGGAGUCGGAGCCCAGCGGAGCAGUGGUCAUAGGCAGCCAUGUGCGGCCGGUGGAGGAGCUCAAGACCGCGAUGCUGCGGGGCAACAAGCUGCGCAAGUACGGGCGCCGCGGGAAGCCGAAGGACCACUUGUUCCGGCUGUCGCAGGACCUGCAGGAGCUGCAGUGGGACAGCAGCAGCCCUUUGGCAGAGGGCAAGGCGCGCCACGGCCGGGCGCUGGGCGGCAGCGCCAAGAGGCUUGCCUGGCGUUGA